AUGCCCUCGGCGGCCUUGACACGCCUGGCAACCGGCCUCGCGGCGAGGACGACAAGGUACCCGGGAGCUGCGGGCGUGGCUGGGCAGUGGAGGACGCUCUCGUCCGGUUAUAAAGGGUUGAGCUUCAGCGAGGGGCCGAGUGAGCCUCCCCUCCUCACACAAACCAUCCCGGAGCACUUCUCCCAGAUCGUCUCCCUCCACGGCGACCUCCCUGCCGUCGUCGCCCGCGCGCCCACCGCCCUCACUUCGCCGUCGCCGGCGUCCACGGCAACCCCGCUCCCGCCCGCCUCGACCACGACCUUGACCUACGCCUCGCUCGACGCCCUCUCCAACACCCUCGCCUCGUCCCUGCGCGCCCUCGGCCUCCGCAAGGGCGACCGUCUCGCCGUCUCCCUCGGCAACGGCCCCGAGUUCGCCGCCCUGACCUACGCCGCCUUUAAGCUCGGCGCCGUGCUCGUCCCGCUGAACCCGGGCUUCAACGCGAAGCAGGUUGCCGCCGCCCUGCGCCACCUGGCCGUCGAGAUCCUCGUGGUCGGCAAGGUGACGGACCUGCCCUACAAGCCGUGCCGCGGGCGGAGCAACCUCGACCUCGUGCGGACGCUGGUGCCGGACCUGGACAAGGGGAAAGUGGAGAGCGAGCAGGUGCCGACGCUGAAAACCGUCGUCGUGCUGGACAACGCCGCCUCGCACCCGCUGGUCGAGUUCCCCGCCUUCGCGGCGCUGACGCCGUACGACGUGCUGCUGCGCGGGUCCGACCGGCCCGUCGUGCCGGACGCGCCGCUCCGCCCGGGCGAGACGAUCAACAUCCAGUUCACGUCCGGGACGACGUCGCAGCCCAAGGCGGCGAUGCUGACGCACACGGGGAUCCUCAACAACGGCCGGCUGAUCGCCGAGAGGAUGGGGCUCGUGCCGGGCGACCGCAUCGUCGUGCCGCCGCCGCUGUUCCACUGCUUCGGCUGCGUGCUGGGGUACAUGGCGACGGCGACGACGGGCGCGGCGAUCCUGUUCCCGAGCCCGGCCUUCGACCCGGCCGCGACGGUGAGGAUGGCGGCCGACUACGACGCCACGGGGCUGUACGGCGUGUCGACCAUGUUCGUGGCCGUCAUGGAGGCGCUGGCGGCGGGGAACGUCGCGCGGCCGGACGAGAUGCCCCGCGGGCUGAGCAAGGGGAUCGCGGCGGGGAGCUCGGUGCCGGAGAGCCUGAUGCGCAGGCUGUACGAGACGCUGGGGCUGCGGGACCUGGUCAUCUGCUACGGCAUGACGGAGACGAGCCCCGUGAGCUGCAUGACGGCGCCCGACGACGCGUUGGAGAAGCGGACGGGCAGCGUCGGGCGCGCCAUGCCGCACACGGCGGUCAAGAUCGUCGACCCGCUCGACAGGGCGCGGGUAGUGCCGCGCGGGGAGAGGGGCGAGCUGGCGGCGGCCGGGUACCUCGUCAUGGAGGGGUACUGGGGCGACGAGGCCAAGACGGCCGAGGUGAGGCGGCGGGAGGGCGACGGGCGGGUGUGGAUGUACUCGGGCGACGAGGCGCGGAUGGACGAGGGGGGGUACGUGGAGAUCACGGGGCGGAUCAAGGACCUCAUCAUCCGCGGCGGCGAGAACAUCCACCCGCUCGAGGUGGAGAACUGCCUGUUCCAGAUGGAGGGCGUCAAGGAGGCCGCCGUCGUGGGCGUGCCGGACGAGAAGCUCGGGGAGAGCGUCGCGGCCUUUGUCGUGGCGAAGAAGGGGUGGACCGUGGAGGGGGAGGGAGAAGGGGACGGCGUCAAGAGCAUCCUCACGAAAGACGCGGUCAGGGCGUGGGUGAGGGAGCACCUCUCGGGCCACCUCGUGCCGAAGCAUGUGUUUUGGGUGGACGAGUACCCCAAGACGCCGAGCGGCAAGAUCCAAAAGUUCAAGCUGAGGGACAUGGCCGAGGGGCUCAUUGGGAAGUAG